AUGUCAUACUGCAACAUCUCUCUAAUUCAGAAGUUUAUACCCAAACUGGUCAUUUUCUACUUCAAGUCAUCGAAGAAAUCUAACAAUGGGACGGAUGUGAAUGCAGGUCAGAUUCCGCAGCUGCUCUACCGUAUAACCUCCCAGGAAGGUGCUGUUGCUCCACGACCCACGCAGGACUCAACAGAACCUAUUCCCAUUCUCUGCAAGGCAUUCUUCAUGACUGUUAGAAAUGAUGUUUUCCAAUCAUUGCUUGAUUUAUUAGGUUGGGCUUGGUCCACAUUGAGAUCCUGUGUUGGAGAACAAUUCAGUCAUGUUGGAAACACAGGAGCCAGCCCUACUGUUGCUAUGCUUGAUCUCCAGCGCUUGGUGUAUAUCUGUUGUGCUUGUCUGCGUCUACUAAGGAUCUAUAUUAAUGAAGUCUAUCCAAAUUCAGUGCGAACAUUGAGAGCCAAUGGCGAGAAAGGCUGCCUUGCAGAGAGUGUAGCAGAUGUCAGAGGUCUUUUGAGACAAAUGUUGUCUGAUCCAGUGCCAGCUUCCUAUCCAUCUCGCAAGGGAAAGAUGCGGAAUGGGAGAGAAACAGGACCAUUAACACGUAUGGUUGUAUCAGUAUUAGAUGAAUGCCACAAGACUUUCGUAUCAUGUUUCCAUGCAUUCUAUCCAACUGGUCAGUUAAAAUGGGCUUGCUUGUGUGACCUGCUCCUCUCCAGAGAUGUCGUCAAUAAAAGCAUGGAAGAAAGUCGAGACAGUGACCGCCUGCUGAGUGCUGUCCUUGCUUCACUGUGCUCACCAACAGUCAAACUUAGAGCCACCUGCCCCAUUCUCACUGACCCAGACACAGAGGUCACCCACCGACCCUCGCCUGCAGACAAUGCUGCGCUCUCUACCCUCCAGCCAGGGGAUCUUUACCGAUAUCCCUUACUGGUAGAGCAUAUGACUUACAAAACCCAUGUGGACAAUGGUGUUGGGAUUGUAUGGACUUUCCGUGAAGUAUUAGAUCGCCUUCUCGGAGUUGCCUGUGGAAGUGUACGUCAGGCAUUACGAGGAGAGAGAGUUGUUCCUCUACCUGCCCUCGUUCACAACACUUGCCUCCUCCUAGCUGCAACAGUUGCAGAGCUGUCAGCUGAGACAAACUCUGCUGAGAGUGAGUUUCCCCAGCUCUGUUCAGUGGAUGACCUUGGAGUUCGACCCCCAGUGUGGUACUGCACAGCCAGAGGACUCAUUACAGGUGUACGUACCAAGCCUGAGCGGUACAGAGGUAGACAUUGGUUCAGCUGGGCUGCCCAUGUACAGUGAUGGCCAAGAGCGAGGAACAGCCGUGUCACAGGACCAAGAGGGAGCUCCUCCUCCCUACUGGGCUGUUCUGAAUAAAUUUUCUGGUACUCAGAACUGGCCACAUCAAACAGUAAUUCUUCCAGGACAUGAAGUCAUGUUCUCCCUAGAAACAGCUUCUGAUUAUGUAAAAGACGAAAGAGCCAACACAUACGGUUUUCGGGUCCUCAUUGUGGGUUACGAAUGGCCACCAACUCCUCCAGAUUCUCUAAGACACUUGGAGAAAGAGUUGUCUUACUUGGGAGGACUGUGUUCAGCAUCACUUAUCAAGAAGGACCUCUGCUUGCCACCUAUUGCAGGUGAUGAAUUGGAUGAGGAUAUGGAACUAGUUGAAGAGAUGUCAUUGCAGGUGUACCGAGCUCACCCUGGGCUACUGAGUAAAGGGUUUGCCCUCUCACAUCCUCCAACUAUUCACCAAGCUCUUGAUGGCGUCAUUCCAUUCAGUUGUCACUCAAAUGAGAGGCUGUUUCUGCGGGAUUUUGUGUCCUGCGCAGGAGGGACGAGUGGAGGGCGCUUGGCGAGGUGGCUGCAACCUGACUCUUAUGUUGACGUUCGGGCGUGUGAGGUUCUCUACAGCCGCGAUGACAUGCGUGCAGGCUGGCCAGCUAUUGUCACCAUCCUCACCAGGGACCAAUAUAGUGAGGUGGUCCAUGUUCCUUCACUCAAGGUUGAAGUUGUGGCAGUUCCUGUGAGCACAGGGGAGGAAGGUGGCCAGGGGAAGCUCCGAAGAAUAAGUCAGCAUGUCCCUGAUAAUAUGACCUUUGGUGGACACCCUCAGCCCUCACUGGAUGUGCCAUAUCAAGUAUCCAUCAAGGACAAGAUGUGUUAUUGUGCAAUUACAAUGAUAAAGGCCUAUGAAAACUAUUCCUUUGAAGAGCUCCGUUAUAUGUCCCCUGCUAUGCGGAGACCAACAGAAAACAUGUUAGUGCGAAGUAAUAAUGAUGGCACAUACUCCUGCAACUGGACACCAGGAGCUACAGGAUGGUAUUCUCUUCAUGUGACUAUUGAUGGAUAUCAGUUAGAAGAGACUUUCAAGAUGGAAGUCAAGGAGCCACCACAAGGUGUUACUCCACCAGUCCAGAGCACCAUCAGGAGGUCAUCACAGCAGCCUUCCCGACUAAGAAAGUUUGUGCUGCAGAACAGUGCUGGCCUGAGAAUACGCACUCACCCAUCUUUGCAAAGUGAACAGAUUGGGGUUGUUCACGUCAAUGGAACAAUAGCCUUUGUGGAUGAGGUCCACAACAGUGAUGGGGUGUGGCUCCGCCUAAGCCCAGAGAGCAUCAGGCAGUACUGCACCAAUGGUUACUCAGAGGCUUGGUGUCUGCAAUAUAACCAACACCUCGGGAAGACUCUCCUUGUUCCACUGGAUCACCCAAAGACAAUUCUGGAUCAGGUGAUUACUGACACCAUAAGCCGCCGCCGGGAUCUUAGCCCACGUCGAGAGACAUCCCUGGGCAUAGAGGGCAGUGAGGGGGUCAGUGGGGGUGCAGGAGUAUACACAGUUGUCAAGUGUGGAGCCUCAGGACACAAUAUCCGCAGUCAGCCUAGCCUCAAAGCACCCCCUGUGGGAAUGCUUGUCCUAGGGAACUCUGUCACCGCUGAUUGUGAUGUGAAGAAUGGCGAUGAUCCAAGUAACAUAGCAGGCCAUCAGGGCUUUGACUUCACACAUGCCCAGAGUAGCCCAGUGUUUAGACCCUUCCAACAACCUGCCGUUACUGGCGACCCAUUUGUCUUUGGUGCUAUAACUCGUGGGAGAGGGGAUGGCAGCAGCAAUACAGGCCACAUAGUGCAAACAGAUGGAGAAGAAUCCUGCAUUCCCCAGAAACGUGCGCUUAAUUUUAUCGAUGCAAAUACUACUACAGAGGAGUCGGAACCAACAGGCGGAACAGUGAAGCAGCAGCAGCACCCAGGGAAGUUCUCCGUCUUGCACCGGUGGCUCAAGGAAGAGCAACACAAACACGCCUCUCCACACAGUCUCCAUUCUCAUCAACAGCAGCAGCAGCAGCAACAGCAACCGCAGUCUCAGCAGCAGCAUCAGCAGGUUCAGGUCGUGCAGCAGCAGACUCAGACACAGGAGAGGAAACUCGACAAGAAGCAAUCACAAGUGGCUGUCAGCAUACCAAGAGAUGUCCCACCUGAACUGCAAGGUGUGUCAGUAAAAGACCUUGUGAAGGCUAUAGGAGAGUCAAGAGCCAAUGGCAAUGGUGCAACACCCCCUAGGACACCCCCUGCCACACCCAAGCGCUUGUCUCGUUCGUCUAGUCCAAGGGCAGUUGGGGUGGGACCCUCUGGGCCCUCAGUUGUGGCAACAGGUUCUGGCACAUCUCCACGGCAGAUAUCAAGAUCUUCCAGUCCUGUACCUAUUCCUGGUCGUGGAAGAGAGAGUGCAAGUAGUUCCCCCUUGCACAGUUCUCCACGUGCAACAGCUGUGUCACCCCUUGUGUCGGGAACAGGUGCUGCUGGGGACAGGGCAGCAGGCAGUCCUCCGUCUGCUAUUCGAAGCGCAAACGAUUCCCUGAGCGACACCAGUGCAUUUGUGUCAAGCUUAACACAGGACAUGUCUCAUUCCCCAAGCAUUUCUUCCUUGCCCACUUCAACACCUAGUACACCAAGGAGGGAACCCUUGAGCACAAGUCCUAAAACAGUCACCCAGACAGCAACUCAGACAAGCCCAGAAGGUGUGAAGUUCAAUAUAGGGUCAACUGGAUCUCGGGAUGAAAAUUUGCGUCUCUCCCCAAAAAUGACACGCAAGGAUCGAUCAGGCAAACCACACCGGGGAAAGAGGGACCGUGCUGUUUCACCAGCAGCUGUGCAGAGGGAAAAACCUGGGCCAAGCCGAGACAAGAUCAAGGAAGCAAUGAGCCCAUCUGUAGCAGAGUGCCUGAGAGCUAUAUUUGCUGGGUUCUUAUGGCAUGAGGGAAUUGUUCACGAUGCAAUGGCCUGUGCAUCCUACAUCAAAUUCCAUCCAGAUCUGACAAAGCAAGGAACAUUCCACUGGAAACCACGUGCAAACACUGGCACGAAAACUGAAAAACUUACAAAAGAACAGAAAGCACGACAGCGACACUCAGUUGAAGUGAGUACCUACAGUUACCUGAACAACGUCACUCUCCAGAAUACAGAAGAUCUGUUGAAGCCUGGGGCAAAUGCCAACAUCAAUGAAGUGCCACGAAUCACAGAUAACAAUGAGGAAGAUGCUGCCAACAGAGCAGGGACAAGCUACACUCAGGGACCUCAGGGACAAAAACUACCAACAGUGAUGGAAGGGGGCUCAGGGCCUGACCCCCCUGACCUCCCCCCAGUACUCCGUCAUGUUGUUCUGCUUUGGGAAGAACUAACAUCAAGUUGUUUGAAGGCCAUUGCUCAACAGAUUAUUCUUCCUUCACCAACACUUCCAGUUAGACUUAAUAAAACUGAUAAAACAAAGGAGAAGAGUGACAGAGAAAAGAAGAAGCACAAGAAAAAGUCAGCCUCAGCAGGCAUUCCCAUGUUUGGGGUUGACUCAAUUGUAGGUGAGGAGGAGGAUGGUGUAUGUGAGCUAUGUGGUAGUAAUAUCCCUCCUGAUGGUGCUGAACAGCACUUCCGGACUAUUCAUCCAGGUUGUGGUGGCUCAUCCAAAGGCUGUGGUUAUGUGGGAACACGCUGGAAGUUCUUCCCCUCCAAGGACCGUGUUACCCAGCCUUGUGGUGUAGUAGUGCGUGGAUGCUUCCACAUGUGUUGGAGUUGCCGCAACAGGCACAAAGGCCAGUAUAGUCAGUUCUCGGGAAGUAAAGGUACAAAUGGGAAGAUGAAGAGGAAGUCUAAUAGUAAGUUACUGUCUCCUCUUCCCCAACUGGACACUCAUGUGAUAAUGAGAAACAAUGCAAUGUUCCUGCUGGACCUGGCCAGUGCUGCAACACCUGCCCUCCCUACUAGAAGUCAUGUGCCAAGGAGAUCUCCAUGCACCAUGCCCUGUGUCUCUGAGUUAAGCCCGGACAACAGCCCCUUCCCCAAGGUUGCAUUCCAGUGCUUGCAUACUUUGAACUGCCAGCAGCAGCACCUGAACCAGCUGCGUGAGGACCUCCUCUUGCACCACACGCUCCAUUCCUCUGAUAAUGCAGACUAUCGCAGCAGCUCUGCCGAAUCUCGGGAAAAUAACCACAGGGAGCAUUCACCCUUCUCUCCACCAGGGACCUCACACCAAGAAUCUCCCGCAUCUGAUACAGAGAUCCCUCGUGGCCGUCCAUUCCACCGCUCCAUAUCUGUGACAGUUGGAACCCUAGGACAAGAUUGGAGCUCAGCUGCUGCCUCAGCCUCUGCCUCGCAGCAUGAGCAUGACCAAAAGGCCACAGUCGUUCUCAGGAAACGGAACAACAGCAGUGGAGAAAACACAGUAGAUGGUGGUGGCAGUUCCCUCUUGGUGCACCCAUCGGCUGCACUGGAGCGGCUAGCAACCUGCAUAGAACGCGGAGGAGGACCUGCAGGAGACCCAGGAGGAAGAGCAAGGCAGGUCCUCAUCCGACCUAUUAUGGCAUUCAUCUUUCAGAACCAUGACCUGGAAACUCUGGCUUAUGCUAUGAGGCAUGCCACUCGAAAGGCAGCUGCCAGGGUCUAUGCCAUGCAGGCUCUAAACUGGCUUCUGAGAAGUGUGACACAGCCAACCUGUCUUCACGAUUUACUCUGGUGCUUUGUGGCUGCACUCACCCCCACUAGCCCACCCCUUCAGCCUCCUGCCGAUGACCACAACCCACAGGAUCAGCCACACCACAAAGAUAAAUCCCAUGAUUUAGAAGGUGAAAUGGUGGUGCUGGAGCAUCCUCUGAGCGAUGUAACACUCGCAGGCGAUGCAGUCCACCCUCUGCCCCAGACUUUCCACCAGCUGUUGCAGACAGUCGCUGAUCUGAUGAUGCUUCUUCCUCCAGGAUCUCCUCUCCAGAUGAUGGCUGUUAGGUAAAUGACGAUAAGGGUUA